CACAGAGCGGGUCAUGGCAGAGAACGCUUAACAGCCGCAGGAGUCAGAAAUUGCGAUGCUCGCGUCAGAAUGGAAACAGGUACAACUUAAACAGUGAUCUGAGAGAUCUCGGGCAUUCUGGGACGAGUUCACGGCCUCCGACAGGACUGAGACUCACAGAUGGAGGGUGAGAUGGUGAGGUUGACGGUCAUCAGGGGGGAUGACGGUCAGCUGGGCUUCAGCGUGCGAGGAGGAUCUGAACACGGACUCAGUGUCUUCAUCAGCAAAGUGCAGAAAAACAGCGCUGCAGAGCUGGCGGGUCUGUGUGUUGGUGAUAAGUUAGUGGAGGUGAACGGCGUGAGUCUGGAGAACGUCAGCAUGAGCAGCGCUGUGAAGGUGUUGUCGGGUCACGCUCGCCUCCGAUUGGUCGUCCAGCGCGUGGGCCGCGUGCCUGGCGUUCGCUACACUAAUGAGAAAACCACAUGGGUGGAUCUGAUCCAUCGGCGGAUGGUGGUUGAGGAAUCGGACGCUCCAGUCUCCGUGUACAGCUCAGACGGAGCGCUGUGUCGAACGGUUCACCUGCAUCUCUCGCACAACCAGCCCUGCCUGGGACUCAACAUCCGUGGAGGACGAGAAUACAACCUGGGCAUCUAUGUAUCAAAGCUGGAUCCUGGUGGUCUGGCAGAACAGGGCGGAGUUAAGAUGGGGGAUCAGAUCCUGUCAGCCAAUGGCGUGAGCUUUGAGAACAUCAACCAUUACAGAGCAGUAGAAGUGCUGAAGAGCCAACCUCAUGUUAUACUGACUAUUAAAGAAGCUGGCAGAUAUCCCGCCUACAAAGAAAUGGUGACAGAGUUCAGCUGGAUGAAUAAAUCGGGCAAUGGAACUGUCUGUUCAUCCUCACGCGGGUCUGAGUCUCACUCAUCCACCUCCUCGCUGUCCUCUGGAACGCCCCUCGGCUCAUUGAGCGGCCUCUCCCAAGCUACUCUGCCUGUUAGCUUGCCCUUAGGAGCCGAAAUGUGUGACGUCUGCGGCUCCACUGAGGCCCAGUUUCAUCAAGAUUCCACUGAUAACGAGGGCCAUUCAGAGCAGCUGCGGACGGUGAGCCGAGGACCCACAGAACUGCUGCAGGACUCCGUGAUCCGGAGCGAUGGAGAGGAUGAUGGGAGAGAGUCAGGAGGGAACAGAAGAGAAGGCCGGAAAACAUCCCUGCUCAUGGCUCUCAGCCGACCGAGUCCUCCGAUACGCCGAACACAAAGUCAUGUGACUGUGUCAGAAGAGGAAAAGAAACAGAAGAGAAAACAGACGGAAAGAGAAGAAGAGGGAAGCAGUCGGCUACAGCGUUCCAAAACUUUCUUCGGCCUUUUCCGAAAGAGAGAUUCCUCAAGAUCACGCUCCAGAUCCCCCUCCCGCUCAGAGUGCCAUCUGGGCAGGUAUAAUGGUGAUUUAUCUGAGCGGGACGCUCUGAAUCAGGUGCGAGAAAUGGCUGUCAGAUUGCUAGAGGAUGAAGAUGUGGUCAUACUCAUGGGAAUCUGUCAGAAGUAUUUGCAAGAACGAGGGCUUCAGACGCUCGUCCAGCCGCUUCUGGCCAUCCUGAACACGCCGGAGAAGCUGCUGCUGCUCCGAGAGAUCAGAACACUCGUGUCCUCCAGUGAUCUUCCGCUCUUCAACAGCACGGUGUCUCCGUUUGAAGAGGAAGCUUAUGAUAUUCUGAAGAGUCGCUCACGCAGAAGUUCUCCUCAGGCAGGCCACGCCCCCAGACGCCACCUCAUCACACCUGCACCAGAUGUGCAUGGUGGAUUUGAGCUGCAUGCUUCAAAAGACAAGGAGAGACACAGUCAGCUUCUAGAAGGCCUCGAGCAGCUUCGUUUGUCCUCCUAUCAAGACCAGAACGAGUCACUGCACAUGUCCGGAGCCUUCAGCCCAUUACUGGACGUUCCUGUGGACACUUACACUCAUUCAGACUCAUUAUCGUCCUCCAAGGCGCUCCUUCCCAACUGGCUACUGGCGGAGAAUGUGCGUUCAGACUCUUCCCAGACAUCAGACAACGGUUUCGCCCGUUCAGAUGACACAUGUGUUCAUUCACAAAGAGGAAGAGCUCCUGUCAAGAAUGGGCUUUCAAAGAGUAAAUCAGACGGAGCAGAUGUGCUGUUUACUGUAGUGGACGUUCCUCGCCACAAGAGGCCGCUGCUCUCACAGGUCUUUGGUUCCCUUAAGAAGUGCCAUAGUUCAACAGUGACGCCCGCAGGACAGUCUGUGCAACAACAGCUGCAUGAGACGCCUACAAAUGAGCCAGAGUUUGAGCUCACAACAGUCCACAUCAGCAAAACCAAGCAGUCUCUGGGGAUCAGUAUAUCCGGAGGAUCGGAGUCCAGGGUUCAGCCCAUGGUGAAGAUCGAGAGGAUUUUCCCAGGAGGAGCUGCAUCUACUAAUGAUGCUCUGCGGGCUGGUUUUGAGCUGGUGUCGGUGGACGGCGUCUCUCUGCAGGCUGUGACCCAUCAGGAUGCUGUGGAGAUCAUUCGGCAGGCCUUCAGUAACAAGAACAUCAACCCCAUGGAGCUUGUGGUCAAAGUUCCUAGAGAGCCCAGAGUCUCAUGACCAGACACGAUGCCUUACCGCUCGAAUCCAGAACAGGUGAAUCUGAAUUGAUAUAUGCAGCCCUGCUCUGAAUCUUCAACCUGCGAUCAUGAUUCACGGCCCAGUUUGUGUGGAUGUGUUUCUGUGCCGGGACACAGAGAUCCGGACAGCUGCGGGUCGCUCCCGGUGCCCGGCUGUGCCAAGCUUUUCACUGGGAACACUGGCAACAACAGACCUACUUUAGAAAUCACUGACAUUUAACCCACGAAAGCAGCAGAAGAGAAUCCUGAAAAGAUCAUAUUUGCUGAACCUGGUUAAAAUAACAGCAUACAGAUUUAAAAAUAAAUGAGUAAAUAAUCA